AUGAAUAUGCAAUAAAAUUACAGCCUAGAUGUUCAAGUUAUUACUAUUUGAAAGGUGACAAUUUCAUUUAUUUGAUAAAUUUUGGAAAAUUUGUAACUUUUAGAAUAAGCUUUAAAGUGUUUUAAUUGUGCAGUAAAUUUAGAUCCGUUAGAUGCUGAUUAUCUUAUUGAUAAAAGUGCUAAUUAAUUUUUAUUAUUUGAAGUGAUCAUUCUAAAAGAUUUGAAUCAUUUUGAAGAAGCAUUAUAAUGUAUUGAUUAGGCAAUUCACUUAGAUUCGAAAAAUGAUCUUUUUUUUUAUUAUAAAGGUACAAUUUGUUUUUUUAAAUAAUUAGGAUGUGUACUUUUUUAAAAAAAGCAAUAUCAAGAGGCUUUAUUUGAAUUUAAUCAUGCUAUUUCCUUAAAUCCUAAAAUUGUUUUAUAUUAUUCUUGGAAAGGUAACUAUGGCAUAAGUCUUUAAGCUAUGAUUUUAAUUAAGCUUGAGCUUUUUGAAGAAGCUGAUUCAUUUUGCAAUUAAGUACUUUCAAGUGGUCUAUAAGAUGCUUAAUUUUAUUAAAUGAAAGGUGAUUUGAAAUAAAUUUUUAGCUAUAAUUUUAAGAAGAUUGAAUCGAUUUAAGAAACUUUAGAAGUUUAGGAUCAUGCAAUCUAGUUAGAUCCUGACUAUCAUAAUUAUCAACACAAAGGUUUAUUUAUUUGUAAAUGAUUAGCUAUUAUUUUAAUGUAUAUGGGCCGAUCUGAAGAAUCUUUAAAAAUCUAAUAUUCAGUUAUUUAAAUGAAUCCUGAAAAUUCUUAAUCGCAUUGGAUUGAUGGUUUCAGAUAUUUAAAUUAUAGCACAUAUCUUAAGUAAGGUUUAUCGUUUAGAAGAAGCUUUAUAAUUUUUUGAUUCUGCUCUUGCAAAAGAUCCUAAAGAAGCUAAAUAUUAUUCAGAAAAAGGCAAUUAGAGUAUAAAAUUUAAUAGCUGACACUCUUUAUGAUAUGAAUCGUUUUGAAGAGGCUUUAUAAUCAUGUAAUUUAGCAAUAUUAAACGAUCCUGAAAAUUCUCUUUAUUUUUAUAUUAAAGGUGAUGCCAUUUAAAUUCAAUAUAUAUAGGAAUGAUUUUAUAUGAAAUGAAGCAAUAUAGGGAAGCUUUAAUAUGUUAAAAUUAAGCAAUUUAAAAUAAUUCUUAAGAGUCAAAAUACUAUUUUCUGAAAGGUAAUGUUAAUUUCUAUUUUGAGCAAAAACAUUGGCGAAAAUUGUAGAAAAAGGUUCAAAUAUUUAUAAAUUUAAAGCAAAAAUAUUACAUUAAAUCAAGUGUUAUGAAGAAUCUUAGGAAACGUCAGAAAUUGCAAUUUAAUUAAAUCUAGAAAAUCUAUCUAUAAAAAGGUUAAUUAAUAAAUUAGUUUCAAGGAUUAACUUUAAAAGGUUUGAAUAGAUUUGAAGAAGCUUUAGAUUAGUAUGGCUAUGCUUAGUAUAUAAACCCAGAAGAACCCUAAAUAUAUUUUUUUAAAGGUAGAAUUAAAUAAUAAUAAAAAGCUGCUACAUUGUAAGGGAGGAAUCGUUACAGGAAGCUUUAGAAAAUUAUGAUAUUGCAAUUUAAAAAAAUCCAGAAAACUCUAAAUAUUAUUUUGAGAAAGGUUUGAAUUAAAUUUAUUUGGAAUAGCGAAUAUUUAUUCAAAUAAAAUAAAAUUAAGAAAGCACUACUGUCUUAUGAUUUUGCAUAAAUGAUAGACUAAAAUAAUCUAAAAAUAUAUCUUUAAAAAGGUUAAUAUUUUUUAGCUUUUUGUUUUAUGAAAUUGGAUCAUGUAAAAGAAGCUAUAAGUGAAAUAGAUAAAGCAAUAUAUCUUGAUCCUCAAAGUUCCAUUUUAUAUCAGUUCAAAGGUAAUACAAUACUAAUUAUUAGCUACUGUAUUUGAUUCUUAAAACUAAUAUGAUGAAGCAUUGCUAUUUUAUGAUUAAGCAAUUCUAAAUGACCCUGAGGAAUUAAAAAACUACUAUUUUUAGAAGUUUUUUUCUAUUGAAUAGCUAAUCAAUUAGUGA